CUCAAUAUUUGUCUUCAAAAUACAUAAGGAAAUGGAGUUUAAUUUCAAGGAUUUCUUGGAGCAUUGGACAAGAAGCUAUAGCAGUGGCAGUCGUGUUGUAUUAGGAUUCAUCUGAUCAGGACCAUCGACAGGCAAGGUCAGUCAUAAUGCUAACAGAAAACAGUGAGUGCCACACUGUUGGUAUCCUGCGGUAUUUGGAGCGUGCUGAAGCUGACAUUCCACCAGGAUUGGCUGGAGUGCUAGAAGCUGAAGAAAAGAAGAAAUUUGCAAGGCCGCUGUGCACCUAUCUUAAAAUGUUUGGGACUUGCAAGAAUAGAACAGUAUGUCCAGAUCGUCAUCAAAUUAAUUCACAAAUAGAUGUGCUCCAGAAUAUGGCAUCUAAAACUACACAAACAUCUGGAUAUGUGACAGUGCUGCCUCUCCACGUUGUAAAUGCAACAAACUACUUUGGUCGUAUUGUAGAUAAACAAAAGGACCAAUAUAUGAUUCUUGCUGAAGAAAUCAGUGAGUAUUUUAAGGAGACUAGUAAUAGAGUUGGUGCUCAAAAGGUAGAAAAACUAGCUUUGUUUGGAUUCUGUGAGGAAACAGUCUUUCACAGGGUCCAGGUGGUAGAGACUUCUUCAAAAGAAGAAGGAAAUUUUAACAUCAAAAUCAAAUACGUAGAUGAAGGCAGAACUGGUCAAGCUCAGAGCUCUCAGCUUCUUCACUUACCUGUAAGAUUUCAGCAUCUGCCACCUCAGGCUGUGGAAUUUGUAGUUUGUAGAGUUAAACCCAUUGAUAAUGACACUGAGUGGAACCCAAGGGUGACUCGUUAUAUUCAUCAGAAAAUUGAAAGGAAACCACAUGAAGCAAAGGUAGUACUUACUUUAGGAAAUACAGUUUGGAUUGACCCAAUGGUCCGGGUUACCAGAUUUGAAGAUGUAUGUCAAUGA